AUGACGGUGGAGAUGUUCGGCGAUUGUUCAGAGGAGUAUCAUAUCAAAGGAUGCUUCUCUCAGAGGAACUGCACGAUAUAUGAUUCAGCGAAGGAAACAAUGGCGGAGAUCAAACGCAAAGUGAAUGCUUCCACUAAUGUGAUGCUUGGGAAAGACGUAUUCUCGCUCACACUGAAACCUGUUCGAAUUGAGAGCCAAUCUUCUUCUCCAAAAUCGAUUUACAGUCUUCGAUUUUUGUGUGUGUUUAUGGUUGGGGAAGAAGAAGCGGGGGUGGGGUGUGUUUUUGAUCGAUCUCUCCGGAGGUAA